AUGGAGUGGUAUGAUUAUAAUUCGUAUGAGAUGAAUGAUUUUAAUUAUCAGGGGCAAUAUGAUUAUAAUUUAGGGAAUUGUAAUGCUAAUAUUUCUAUGUUUGAUACAUCAUAUGAUUAUCAAAAUUCACAUAAUAAUUGCAUGAAUUCCUGUGAAAUUUCUUAUUACCCUAGUAAGUCUUAUAUGCCUGAUUUUAAUUCCUCUUACCAACCUCAAGUGGAUAAUUAUUCUCAACCCAAUUCAUCGGAGUGUAGGGAACUUUUUAAUAUGAUGAAUGAGUUUAUUGUUUAUCAGCAUGAAGAGAUUAAUGAAUUGAUGCAUGAUUGUCAACGUAUUUCAAAAUCUAUUGAAUUACUUGCUGUGCAACAAUAUACUAACCAAAGUGAAAAUUUUUGGAGUGACGAUAUAGGGGUAGUGGAGAAGGAAGAACAACCAAUUAUCGUUGAAGAUUUUAUUGACAAGCUUAUUCAUGAGGAUGAAGUUGAAGGUAAAAACAUUUAUGUUAAGCCUAACCCAUCUCCCCUCGAUAUCCCGUUUUCCCAUAGGCUUGAUCUAGUUCCUUCAUUCACUAUGUCAAAUCCUCCACACUUCCUCAAAAUGUCUCCAUUUCAUGAUACACUUGGUCAUGUGGACCUUGAUGAUUAUUUAAAAAGGUCUACAUUGCCUAAGGGGCAAGCAGGGUUAAGAUUUGUGUGCUUGCUAUCAAGCCAUAUGUGGUGCUCAAUGAUAUGUUUGCAGGGGCGUAUGUCUUUGUACAAACGGUUUCCUGAAAUCGAAAGGCAUUGCAGUAGUAUUCUGUCUUCAGGAUCUAAACUGAUGCUGAAUGAUGCUAAGGUUGAAAGUAUCAAGAAUGAGCUUUCUUUCUGUAAUGGUGAUUGGGAUCAAGAGAACAAUGGAUUAUACCCUCUAAUGCCUUUCGAUGCAGCUGAUUUGCCCCCCGGAACAGGCUCAGCCUCUUUAAGCCUGAUAAAUUUCGAGGUCAAGGAUGUAAAGUCACUUGAUGAUGUGCAGAAUGGAGUUGGUGUAGGUGGGGUUAUGUCUAUAGGAAUAACAAAGAGUAAGUCUUUUAGUGCUGAUCACAGAACAAUGUUCUCUAUGAAUCCCGGUAUGUCUGUUCUGACAAUAGUCUUUGAGGGUGUGUAUGUUGAAACAAAAGAGAAUGCAGGGGAGAGAUUGUUGUGUAUGUUGGGAAAUACAACAUUGCCUACUCGAAGAUGGCUCGUGGACUGGCAGAACGCAUACUGGAACUGGGGACAUGAAAAUUGUUGCCCUGAUCUUGUGCAAGAUGAUCAGUUGGUACUUGUUCUUAAGUACCCGAAGAUAUCUAAUUUGACUGCACGGGGCAUUCAGGGAGAGAUGAUGAGUAUGCACAAAAGAUCGAGUUUUAAAUUUUUUGAUAAGGUCCUUAUAUCUUCCCGGGUGGGUUGGUUCUCAGAUUAUCAGUUCAGUCCAAGUAAAUCAAGUUCUUGUAAUACGUAUGCUCAUCAAGAGGAGCUGAUGGAAACAAACAGUUUCAGUGCUUCGAAUUUCUGUAAAAUAUUCAGGGAAAUGUCGAAUGAGGUUUUUAACAUCUUGCCUGAUCAAUACACAAACUACAGUCCCACUGAGAAUGGGAAACUAGGCCCCUUUGUGCUAGGGAAAGAGGUUGUGUCUGUUGACAAGAAUUAUAAAAAUGUAAAGCUUAUGAUACGGAAUGUCAAGUGCAAGAACGCGAGUUCUGAUGGAAAAACAAGUAAUGCAAAGGUGUCAGCGGUGUUCAGAUUGGUUCCAACACUAGUAAACCGUGACACAGCAUCAUCCAGGACUGGUUUUUCAGGCAUGACACUAUCGGCUGAGGGCACAUGGGAUGCCUCCACAGGGAGGCUGUGUAUGGUUGGAUCUGUUCCAAAAGGAAUGGAAGCUAAAGUUUCUAUGUACUUUCCUCGAGCACUAACCAUUAGGCAGAGAAGUAUUGUGUAUGGAAGCAUAGAAGGCUUAUUCUCACCUUUGCAUUUAAACUUUAUUCCGAAACCCAGCCAUCUAGAAUUUAGAUAUGGUUGGUAUGCUGGCUCUUAUUUGUCAUACAAUUACUCACAAAUCAAGCAGGCUGAUGAGUUUAGGAAACGAAGCCAGUCAAACAGCAUCAUCCGUUUAUCUCAGCAGUCUGUUUUAAGGUAUCCAACAAUUCAAGCAGCAGGAGGGGUCUUUGCUCUCUCUCAAAUCUAUGACCUCACAGGUGAAUUAUACAUUGAUACAGAAGUUGCUUUUGUAUCUGGUGUAUCAAUCAAGCUGGAAGUGCUCUCUAUAGUGCAGUUGACAGUCUUUGAAAAGCCCCCUGAAACUUCUAGCACAAGACGAAAAACUUUCACUACUAAGUUCGCAGAAGGGCUCUAUGAUCCUCGUACUGGGAUGAUGUAUUUGAUUGGGUGUGGACCGGCUAACACAGUUGUUCAUGUUGAACAGGGUUUAGACUGCUUGAUGGAAACAACAGUUCAGUACCCACCACAGAAUUUUCGAUGGUUGAGGGAUCCAACAAUUGAAAUUGAUGUAAAAAGCAAAAGAUAUACUGAUGAUCCCCUCUACUUCCUUCCAAUGAGAAUCACUAGCAAAACAAUUGCAUACGACAUAUUCAAACAGGACAAUCAUGCAAGAGAUGUGGCAUUCCAGAAGAUCUUUGAAGGAGUUCUUCAGGUUACAGUCCUUUUGGUGGAGAUUGCUAUUAUAUGGAGUCAACAGAUUUACAUGGACCAAAAUACAGGCAUUGCUUCUUCUGUCUCUCCUUACUUGUUUGCCUUGCGGAUUUUUAGCUAUUGUAUUCUGCUAAUCAUUGGUAAAGAGAUUCUAUUGCCCUCAAAGGAAGCUGUCUCCUAUCAUCCAUAUGAUCUUCUUGCAUAUCAACCAGUGUUAAAAGGGCUAGACUAUGCUGCAAAGCUUCUUGCAUUAACAGCUCUUUUUCUCACCACAAGGCUUUUUUGCAAUGUUACUAAAUCUACAACGAGGCUAAAUGAAGAGGAACCUUCCAACACAACGCUUACCUUUGGUGACUGGCGCUACCUUCUUACCUUAAUCAGGCGAUUUAUUUUUGUAUAUUUAGCUUUUCUUGCAUUCGACUUGCUGUCUCCACUUAGGUAA